AUGGGCAGCGGCGCCAGGCUGGGCCGCGCGGCCAGCCACGACUCCGAUGUCGCCCGCGCACGCUCCUCCUCGGGCGCGCUGUCCGUCUCGGGGAUGCCGGAGUACGCGCAAUCCCCGCACAAGGGCGGUCCCCCCCUCGGCAGGCAGCUGUCGGGAUCCCUGGCGCCGCGGGGCGCCCCGGCGCCCGUGAGGACGCGAUCGGCCAAGGACGGCAGGCGGGCGGGGUCGCGGCACGGCCAGGCGCGAUCGCCGGGUGGCGUGGGCAGCGUGGCCAGCGCCACGCCGAGGACGGACGUGACCGCGAACUCCAUGGACCCCAACUGCCGCAUCUGCAUGGAGUCGGUCACGCUGAGGGACUUCGAGGCGCGGCGGGCUAUGCGGCUGGGGUGCAAGUGCUCGUCCGGCUUGGAGAUCGUGCACUUCCCUUGCGCCAAGAGGUGGUUCAGGAUAAGGAGGAGCGUAGCCUGUGAGAUAUGCGAAGCAGAGGCCAGAAACCUGCCGGAGGGGCUGAAGAACGAAAUCAGGGAGCUUGCGGCCGCGGCAGAAACGGCACGGCGCGAGGAAGCCAGGGAACGAAUGCGGUCGCUAGCCCAGGCGCGGAUCGAUGCCUUGUCGCGCUCCGACGAGGUCCACCUGUGCACGUACACGACCUUCUGCCUGCUGCCGGCGGCCAUCGCCGCCAUUGCGCUGGUUUUCUUCUUCUACGGCUAA